AUGUUUUUAAUAAUUCCAUUAGUCACUAAGCAAUUUUAUCGUGUAGUUCACUAUACCUAUAAUCAAUAUUUACCAAAUAUUCCAUACAAUAAUAAAAUGAAGAGUUUUAUUGGCAUAUCUUCAAGCGCCGUCGGACUUUUUUCAUUUAAUAUUGAAGGUGUAAGGGACAGGCACGGAAUUGUGAUCGAUUUUUAUGAUGAAAUUAGAUUACGGUAG